CCAACAAUGGCGGUUCUCGAAGCUGCUCUCUCCAUCCUCUCCUUCUCAUCUUCUUCUUCCUCAAAACCUUAUCUAUUUUCUGGAAAGUCUAAACCUACCGCUUUAAGUUUUAGAAUUCCCAGUAACUUCUCUCCCGUUCUCUCUCUCAAUUCCCCUCUCGUAGCCGCCGGCGAUAACUCGCGGCGGCUCGUCUCCGUGCUCUGUUCCGUCACAGAGGAGGAAACUUCGCCGGAGGAGAAGACUGAGGAAACCCAGAAGCCAAAUCUGAAAAGGAAGCUUUUUGUUUACAAUCUCCCUUGGUCUAUGAGCGUAAAUGACAUCUCCGAGCUCUUUGGACAAUGCGGGACUGUGUCCAAUGUCGAGAUCAUAAGGCUAAAAGAUGGGAAGAAUCGAGGGUUUGCUUUUGUAACAAUGGCUUCUGGAGAAGAAGCUCAAGCUGCUGUUGAUAAGUUAGAUACUUUUGAAGUCUCAGGUAGGAUCUUAAAGGUAAGCUUCGCAAAAAGCUUCAAGAAGCCUACCCGGAAACCUCCUAACGGUCUUCCUUCUGUUUCCCCUGGAGAAACCCGUCACAAACUCUAUGUAUCCAACCUCGCUUGGAAAGCAAGAUCAACACAUCUCCGUGAGUUUUUCACUGCUGCAGAUUUCAACCUGGUUUCAGCUCGGGUUGUUUUCGCAGACCCUGAAGGAAGAUCUUCCGGCUAUGGCUUUGUCUCAUUUCCUACUAGAGAAGAAGCCGAGAAUGCAAUCUCUAAACUCAACGGGAAGGAGCUAAUGGGCAGACCUAUCAGUCUCAAGUUUAGCUUGAGAACCGCCGGUGAAUCUGAAGAUGGUAACACAGUAGAAGACAACAACACUUCUGAAGAAAAACCUGAAGAUGGUGACACGAUAGAAGAGAACAAUACUUCUGAAGAAAAUCCCGUGGAAUGA